AUGUGCGAUGAUUUGCUAAAUCUUAAAACCCGUGAUAUAAACGAUGUGAUAGUGUUCUCAGACGAUGCGACUCGACAUACAGUAAGAAUACCGCCAACUAAAGAAAUCACGAUAUGUGAAAGUAGAGAUUUAAAUUGCUACAAACUACUCAGAUACAUAAAUUCCACACGUGAGACAUUGGACGUGUGUAUGUAUCUUAUAACAAGCGGAGAAAUAGCAGAACAAAUUAUACGAUUAGGACAAAGACAUGUCUUAGUAAGAAUAGUUGUUGACAGUGAUAUGGCGUUUACACCACCAUCACAAAUUAAAAAGUUAAAAGAAUACAGUUUUAUCCAAGUGCAGACGACAUCCAAGAGCAGAAAGACUUUUUUAAUGCACCACAAAUUUUGCAUAGUUGACGGACCGAAAGCCAUUCACCGUAAGAACAUGUUAAAAGCUCAUGCCGAAAAGUUAAAUGUUCAUGCGAAAGAUAUCAAAAAUCCAGUUAAAAUCCCGGCUAAGGUCAAUGUCACUGGUUUUGUAAUGUCUGGUUCUUUGAACUGGUCCUCCCAUGCAAUGAUUUCAAAUCAUGAAAGCGUUAUUGUUACAUCACAUCCAAAAAUUGUCACAAAAUUCGAAAAUGAGUUUGGAAGUCUGUGGGUGGAAAACGAGCCGGUUGGUUUCUGA